AGAUUUCGGUAACUACCUGUACUGCCAUAUGGACUACCUCUGUCCACAAAAACUAGCCGAUUUCCCUUCUCUCCUGUCCCCCAUUUUAUAACUAUAAAAAGCUGAGGCCUAGAAAAAUGAUACAACUAAUUUAAGGUCUUCUAGAUAGCAAGUUACCUAAACAGUAGAAGUAAGUAUAUUUCCAUCACCAGCCUGAAAGGAGCCCUUCUUGGCCCAUGACAUAGGCACUGACAUUUAUCUGAAGGGAAUCUCUCUGAUAAUGUUUCUUCUUUGGAUCUUAUUCUGAGGUAUAAUUUUUCUUUUACGGUAAUGUUUUCAAUGUAAAUUCCCCACUUCUAAUCAUUGUAGCUCCUCUUCCAAGAUCCUCCAAUGAAGUCAUAAGCCAGUGUUUGUGAGAUUCCCCUUGUUGCUAUGGAAAUAAAAAUAGUCACACAAUCAUCCUUCCAGUUCCCCUUGUCAGCUUUGUGCCGAGGCAAGUGGAGGAGCAGCCACCCUGGGUAGAUCUGGAUCUCAGUCAUGAAAAAGCAGCUGUCAGAAACCAUGGCGAGCCCAGGAAAGGACAAUUACCGGAUGAAGAGCUAUAAGAACAAAGCACUGAACCCAGAAGAAAUGAGAAGGCGACGAGAGGAAGAGGGAAUCCAGCUCCGUAAGCAGAAACGAGAGCAACAGCUUUUUAAACGAAGGAAUGUAGAACUAAUCAGUGAAGAUGCUGCCAUGUUUGACACACUACUCAUGGACUCCUAUGUCAGCUCCACCACUGGGGAUAGAGUGAUCACAAGAGAGAUGGUGGAGAUGCUCUUUUCUGAAGACUCUGACCUGCAGUUAGCAACCACACAGAAAUUCCGCAAACUGCUCUCUAAGGAGCCAAACCCCCCCAUAGACGAGGUGAUCAAUACCCCUGGAGUAGUGGACAGGUUUGUGGAAUUUCUGAAGAGGAGCGAGAACUGCACAUUACAGUUUGAAGCUGCCUGGGCCCUGACCAACAUUGCCUCCGGAACCUCACAACAGACCAAAAUUGUCAUUGAAGCUGGGGCUGUCCCUAUCUUCAUAGAAUUACUUAACUCAGACUUUGAGGAUGUACAAGAACAGGCAGUCUGGGCCCUAGGAAACAUAGCUGGUGACAGCUCUGUCUGCAGAGACUAUGUCCUGAAUUGUGCCAUCCUCCCACCGCUGUUGAUACUCCUCACCAAAUCCACACGAGUGACAAUGACCCGGAAUGCUGUGUGGGCCCUGUCAAACCUGUGUCGAGGAAAGAAUCCACCCCCCGAGUUUGAGAAGGUCUCUCCCUGUCUACCCGUGCUGUCCCGCCUGCUGUUCAGCAGCGACUCGGACCUGCUGGCAGAUGCGUGCUGGGCCCUCUCCUAUCUGUCUGAUGGCCCCAACGAGAAGAUCCAAGCAGUCAUAGACUCUGGCGUCUGUCGGAGACUCGUGGAACUCCUAAUGCACAAUGACUACAAAGUGGCCUCCCCCGCCCUUCGAGCAGUGGGCAACAUUGUCACGGGGGAUGACAUCCAGACCCAGGUGAUUCUCAAUUGCUCAGCCCUCCCCUGCCUCCUCCACUUACUGAGUAGUCCCAAGGAGUCGAUACGAAAAGAAGCUUGCUGGACCAUUUCAAACAUCACAGCUGGAAACAGAGCCCAGAUACAGGCUGUCAUAGAUGCAAAUAUUUUUCCUGUAUUGAUUGAGAUCCUGCAGAAAGCCGAGUUCCGCACAAGGAAAGAGGCUGCCUGGGCCAUCACCAAUGCCACGUCAGGAGGAACUCCUGAGCAGAUCAGGUAUCUGGUUACAUUGGGUUGCAUCAAACCUCUGUGUGACUUGCUGACUGUGAUGGACUCUAAGAUCGUCCAGGUUGCCCUCAAUGGCCUGGAAAACAUCCUACGGUUGGGCGAGCAGGAGGCUAAGCGGACGGGCACGGGGGCCAACCCCUACUGUGGCCUCAUUGAAGAAGCUUAUGGCUUGGACAAAAUUGAGUUUCUCCAGAGCCAUGAAAACCAGGAGAUCUACCAGAAGGCCUUUGACCUCAUCGAGCACUACUUUGGUGUGGAAGAUGAAGACACAGGCCUGACUCCUCGGGUGGAUGAGACACAGCAGCAGUUCAUCUUUCAGCAGCCAGAGGCCCCCAUGGAGGGCUUCCAGUUAUAAUGCCUGCCCAGGGGAGGGGAGGGAGGGACAAGAGGAGAGUACCACAGACUGGCCUCUGCGGUCCUGGGUGGCAGCGGCGGGGGCCGGGAGAUACAGCCCAGCUCCCUGCCCCAGCCCUGGAGACUGCCCUGGCUGCCCACUCCCUCCCUUCCCAGGAGGCCCCUCUGAGGACAGGCCAAGGCCGAGGCUUUGCUUUUGUGGAAGAAGGGGGCUUGUUUUUCCUCUUUAUCCACUGUAUUUUUGCUGCAUACCUGUCUAACCCAAGAGCCCAGGGUGGAAAAAGGAGGACUGAGGUAACCAAUUUGCACCUUUUUUUUUUUUUCUUUUGUGGUGAUUUUUCUCUUCCUCCUUCCCUUUGUCCCUUCCUGGACUCUGCCCCAGGCUGUUUCGAUCUUACUUUGGGUACUUGAGCAGAUGGAAUAUUCUGGUGGGGGGUGGGAGGGAGAGGGUAGGGAGAGAAUCCAAAAAAAAAAAAAAAAAAAUAAGUGUUCAUGCUCUGAUGGAAUAUUAAUCCUAGAUGCUUGGAUUGAGUCAUUGAAGCUUUUUCUUUUUCCUUUUGCACAUUUUACUCGUAUUAUAAUUCCUCCUGUCAUUUUGGGGACAUCCUUGGGACUUUUAAGAGUAUCACGUCCCCCUUUUAAGACCUGGCUCUCCCCAGUGGCUGGUACACUUCAGCAAAAGGGAAAACCGCCAUGAUGUUGCCAUUCUGGCCGCCUUCCCUUCUGCCUUUCUGCCUCCCCAGGGCAGGGGGCAGGGCCUUCUGGGGAACCAGUCCCACCUUACCUGGUUUGGGGCAUGGGCCUACUUUGUGGUUACAAGAGUGGCCUCAGGGAAGGGGAUGGUAAAGGCCCUCAGGUGGAACGACCCAGAUGUAGCUACUGAUCCUGCUUUUCCAAAACUCCCUCCACCCCAGCUGUCAACAUGGUGCAACCCCUAAAGUCAUUGUUUACUUGAAAUUCUCCCUCAGCGCGGGGACCUGCCCUGAGGGGUGACAUUUUCUCCUAAGUUCAUGGCAGGUGAUGGUCUCUUUCCUUUUCUGGGGGAAAGGAACAGACCUCAGCCUGAUUUCCCCCAGAGGGAAUGCAGGGAUUGCCAGAGACUUGUGUCUUUAGCCUUUCUUGUUCCUCUUCCACAGCUGGAUCAUGUUCAUUUUACUUACAAAGGAGAGAAUGUCAAAGCUCUGUAUUUUUUAUAUUCUAUAUAUUAGGUAGGUGAGUCUUAAUUGAUUUGGGGAGGGAACAGAUCUAUGAGCUGUCUUAAUUUCUAUAAAUAGGAUGCUGUGAGGCAGACAGAGCUGAGAGAUGAUUUCUCUCUCUCUCUCUCACUUAAUAGGUUCCCCUCCUUCUCCCUUCUUGCCUGAGCUCUGCUGGCUCAAAACCAGGUCAGACAUGAGUUGACCCAAGAUAUUUUUUCCUAGCCAAGCACACAAAGGUGGCCUAGGCUUGUAAAUAAGAGACCUUAGAAGGGGCAGGGGUAGAAUGUGCUCCAUCUUAGUCCUGCUGGACUUUUCCAUAAGCCUAAUAUCAUAGAGAGAGCAGGAGGUCCUGACUAAGCUGACUCUGGUUAGCCUCUGAUGGAGGAGAUCCCAGUCUUUGCCUAAAACUGCAAAUAGGAGGCCCACUGCUGACCAGGUGACUCUUUGAAGGAGUGAAGGUGGGGAACGAGAACCCCAAGGAAAGGGGCUCUGGUCUCUGGAGGGCCGUGUCACAUGGCAAGCAAAACUUACAUUCCAACUUUAACAAGCAGACUAUUUAGUUGAUCAGAAUAAAUACUCUUUCAAAUCUACACCUUUCCUUACUCUGAAAAAGAAAAAAGGAUGCUUUUGUACAAAUUGGCCAUUUUUGUUUACUUUGAACAUAAGACUAUGAGCACAGUUCCUACAUUGUCCUGUUUCCCAGACCCUUUUAGGCAACAAGGCCCUUUCUGUCUCAAUCUAGGAAGGCCGAGGAGAAUCCACAGAUUCUCCCCCUCACAUCUUCAAGGGAGUUGUUUCAUUUCCCAAGAGCUUUCUACUUGCCCUCUUCUCCCCUCUCUAUAUCCCAAGGUACAUCAGACUCUGGCAUUAUCUUAAAAGCUGUUACAUUGGCAGCUAAAGGUAAGAAGCACAUACCAAGAUUUCCCUCUCCUUUUAGAAAUCCAUUAACAGAGUCCUUAAGGAAUCCAGCCCUGGAAGCCUGGGUGUGACUGCUCAGUUCCCCAGAAGGUAAGAGGACUGGAAUUCCUGUAUAGGUAAGAGAACAGUGACCCAUGUCACUCACAAGAUUAUCUUUCCUCAAAUGAACAGAAAAACUUUUUUUUACUGAUGUUUUUGAUUUGAAGAGUGACAAUAUUUCAGAAGAAUCCAUGUUGAGCAGCACUUCAGGCUCUGAAACUCCUUGUGAUUAAAAUAUCCUUCAUCUUGCCAAAACACAACCAACUGAGCCCAGUGAUCCAGACAGCAAGGGAUUUGCCUGACUCUCAGGCUACUGCUCAAAGUUCACUGGACAUAGAUGGGAGCUAGGGAAAACACUGACUGCAAACUGAUUUUCUGUCAGGAUUUUCUUUGAUAGGCAACCAUUCUGCUGCUCCUCUGCCUUAAGGAGGUAAGGAGUCCUUCAUUCCUUGCUUAUCCCUUUGAUGUGUUCCCCAAAACAGAGAGCGAGGGAUCCUUUUGGUUUGUCUCGUGCCUCACUUCUCUGAUAGUUCUCCACCCUUCUUGAUUUUUGUUUCUGAGAAAAUUCCUGUACAUCCCUGAGUAGUCUUACCUGCUGGCAUCUUUCCCUCUGGCCCUAGCUUGUCACUGGUUUCUCGACUGCUAAUGCACCGGGCUCCACGCCCAAGUCUACAGCCUCUGGAUGAGUCUGACUGAGCUUGGGGGCCUGGAAGGGGAAUGACAUGGAAGGUAAGGAAGUAGUCUGAGGAGGGCUGCAGCUCUGCAGACCUCAAAGCAACUUCCUUCUCAGUCAAGUUAGAGCCUCAAGCUUCAGGACUUUUGAAUUUGACUUUGCCAGAUGAAUGACCCAUCAUCAGACUUAGAAGCUAAGUUUCUGUUAGUACUACUACAAAAUAUAUACAAGGACCUGAGGGGGUAGGAUGGUAUUGUUAAACCAAAUGAGCCACUGAAUCACCAGCCAUCUCAUCUCUCUGCUCCAUCCAGCCCAAAUGGUCUAAUUCCUACCCCAUGAUCAUAUCUGGACUCGUGAGGUCCGUGGACCUCCUCCCCAUAUAGUUUCUCACCUUUCUUUAGAUGCAGGUAAUGUUUUAUGGACCUUCUUGGCAGCUCUAUCCCACUUCCUUUCAGGACUUGCACUGAUUUUGCUCUUUGCAAGCAGGAACACGUGCCACAGAUUCUCUCAACUACCCAGGGACCUACCUCCCCCAGCCCCCUUCCCCCAGCAGCCCUUUGAACUCUUAAUUUAUACUGAUUAGAAAAGCCUUUGACACCUUAAAAGUUGUUUUUAUAGUAGAUUAUCUUUUCAACUUGGGGAACCAUUAUAGGAAGAUCCUAUUUAUGGAAGAAUUCAAAGUGUCUGAGACUCGUUUUUUAUCAUGUUCUCUGGGUCAGCACUGCAGGCAUGUGCAAGUCCCUAUGUACUUCUGUGUCAUGGGAAUCCACUUGGUAUGACAGAUGCAGAGGCCUGUGGGUUCUGUUAGAGGUGCCUUCCCCCUCUUAGCUGCCGGGAUGCCCCUCUUCCUUCUCCCUCUCUUCCCCAAGUUAUCUGAGUAAAGGGACAAUGGCCAAGGGUCGCGGGGGGAACCUUGGCUCCCGCUUUUGGAGCCACCAGCUUCUUUCUUGUGCCAAAGUCACCAGCAGGUUGGUUUUGCCUUUGCUUGCCUGAGCCUCUCUGGCUUCUCCUCCUAGGGUACCCACAGACCAUCCGGGCCUGGGCCUGGCGAAGGGGCAGGGAACGCGGAGGCAGGCAGGUGGAGACAAGGGAGACUGGGUGCCCCCCUUCCCUGAAUGUUAGCGAAAGGACAAGUCAGGCAGCUCCUUGUGGAAGCGGAAAUGGCCUGUUUCCAGCCCAGUGCUUUUGAUCCAGCUUCUCCUGGGUCUUAGCUUUGGGUUCUCAAGACCACUGAACAGCAGUACAUUCUCAUGGCUUCAGCUCAGUGGCCUUAAGGUUCCAGCUCACAUCCUACCUGAGUCUCCACCUGUGGUUCUAUUCCAGGCUUGUUCAUCAAGCAUCUGACUUCCUGAUCCUAGCCAGGGCAGAAGGUAGAGAACCAACAAGAGGCCUUUGUCUGAAGUGAGCGGCAAAAGGGUCUUUGGCUGCUUUGAGCAAUGGACUGUUUCCCUCUGCCACCCACCCUCGGGCUACCUCUGGUGGCUUUUGGUACACAUCCAGGGAUCCCUGAACCUUCCUUCCUGCUAGGGCAGGGCAAGCAAUCCACACCAUCCGGGAUCUGCAAAACCGAUUUGUCCCCAGGAUGGAGGAGGGAUUGAAAUGAUUAUUUCAAGGGUUGAGAAAUUGCAUGGAUGAGAUUCAUGUACUUCUGUAACCCUCUGCCUCACAACUGUCCAGGUCAGAGCUUAGCUUUCACACUUAUUGAAGAAUCACAGACGAGUUUGGGCUAAGAAAUGGGGACUGGAGUGCAUUGUUACUGGAUAUUUCCUUACCCCAGUCUGUGGAACCUUCCUAUUACAAACUACCAAGGGAGAGAAGAAUGAGUGACACAAACUGUGCCCCUGGUAAGCUCCCUACCUUCCCUCCAGAAACAUGAGCUGGUUUUCCCUUUUUACUAAAAUGUUUAUUUUUUUCCUAUGGUUCUUGAACAAAUCUGGCUAUCUCCCCUCCUGCUCACAAAUCCCAGAUGUUCUUGGAGGUCCUUUGGUGUGCAUUAGCCACAGCUGGGUAAUUCUAGACUGGACACAGGGCAAGACAGACAGUGGAGUUGAGCGUGAUGAGUACAGACUUAACAAAUGAUAUUUAUAUACACAUCAAUUUGAAGAGAAAAAAAUGUAUUUCUUUAGGUUUCGAACACUGUGUAACAAAUAUAAUGCAAAAAUAAAAACCUGUUGAAAAGUU